AGCCCAUCGCGCGGGACGCAUGCGCAGCGCCGCGCCGGCCGGCUCCACCUUGGCGGAAGGGCGAACGGAGAGCCGGUGGGGAGAUGGAUGGCGCCGGCCGGGAGGAGCUGGACAUGGAAGUAAUGAAGCCUUUAAUUGAUGAACAAAACUCAGGUGGCCUCUCGGAUGAAGAGCAUGAAAGUGCUAUCCUGCCAGUUGAGAAGCAUUACCAGCUUGGUGAUGGAGGAGGCAUUACGUUUACACAAACACUGACACACCUCCUCAAGGGAAACAUUGGAACUGGGCUUCUUGGUCUUCCACUUGCUAUAAAAAAUGCUGGCAUUGUGAUUGGACCAAUCAGCCUUGUGUUCAUAGGAAUUAUAUCUGUUCACUGUAUGCACAUCUUGGUACGUUGCAGCCACUGUCUAUGUCAGAGGAUGAAAAAGUCUUCACUGGGGUAUAGUGACACAGUUAGUUACGCCAUGGAAGUGGGGCCCCUGACUGCUCUUCAGAAACGAGCUUCUUGGGGACGGUAUAUUGUCGACUUCUUCCUAGUGAUAACACAGCUGGGAUUUUGUAGCGUUUAUGUUGUGUUCUUGGCAGAAAAUGUGAAACAAGUCCAUGAAGGAUUCUUGGAAAACAAGACAGCUCCCAUAAAUGUCAGUGCCACCAGCAGUCCUUCUGAGAAAAGGAGUACUGAUUUACGAAUAUACAUGCUGUGUUUCCUGCCAUUCUUGAUCCUCCUGGUCUUUAUUCGUGACCUGAAGAGCCUGUCUAUGCUUUCACUGCUUGCCAAUCUAUCCAUGGCUGUCAGCCUGGUGAUCAUUUACCAGUAUAUUGUUAGAGAUAUAAUAGAUCCACGAAAACUGCCUCCUGUGGUUGGCUGGAAGAAAUACCCACUGUUUUUUGGGACUGCAAUAUUUGCUUUUGAAGGAAUCGGUGUGGUACUUCCAUUAGAAAACAGAAUGAAGGACACCACACGUUUCCCACAGGCAUUAAACAUUGGCAUGGGAAUAGUCAUGACCUUGUAUAUCUCACUGGCCACUCUGGGGUAUCUGCGCUUUGGGGAUGAAAUCAAAGGCAGCAUAACUUUAAACCUGCCACAAGACAUAUGGUUGUAUCAGUCUGUAAAAAUGCUGUACUCCUUUGGGAUUUUUGUGACCUAUUCAAUUCAGUACUACGUCCCUGCGGAGAUUCUCAUUCCAGCUGUCACCUCCAAAGUGGAGCAGAAGUGGCAGUUACUCACUGAACUUGUGGUGAGAGUGCUGUUGGCCUGCUCAACCUGUGCUGUAGCUGUUUUGAUCCCUCGCCUAGACCUGGUGAUUUCUUUUGUUGGAGCCGUCAGCAGCAGCACUCUGGCACUGAUUCUGCCACCUCUGGUUGAAAUCCUCACUUUCUACAAGGAAAACUUAAAUUUGUGGACAGUAUUCAAAGACAUUUUUAUAGCUGUCAUUGGAGUUGUUGGAUUUUUAACAGGGACGUAUGUGACAGUUGAAGAAAUCAUUUAUCCUGCAUCCAGAGUUCUAGCGAAUGCAACAGAGAGCAUCGCUGCAGAUGUCAAUGUUACAAACAUGGCGGCUGGUUUACAGUAAUAACCAGGCACUGUGAACUUGAUUCUUUUAACAAGAAAUCCUAGAUGGAUGGCAGACCUAUGGAUGGGACAAAUUCCAAUGGAUUUUAAAUGAAAUUUUGAAAAAUAGCAUGCAGCCUUUUCUUAUUCUGUUGCUUGUUGUUUCCUUCAUUCCUUCCCAUCUGCUACCGGAAUUAACUCCUUUGCUCCCAGCCUCUGCUCAUGUAGUGAAAAACUGAAUUAAUGUCAGGAUUUAAAGUAUAUACAUGAAAAUAGGAAGGAAACAUGAUUUUAGGUUAUUUGCAAGAAUAUUCUUUUAAUAAAGAAGUCAGGAUUCCUUCUUUGUCAGAAAAGAUGGAAGUCAGCCCAUUCAUCGUAUCCAGGUAGCAAGUCUAGGCAUAACUGUUUUCACUCCAGCUCUGUUGUAAGGGUUGGAGUGGGAGCUUGGUAAUGCAUGGACCUUCUCUUGCUGCCUCUGAUGGGGUGAAUCGCACCCCAGUGAACCAGGGGCACUGCAGUUGCAAAAUAGAGCAGCUGUGUUUUUCAUUGCCUUUCUGGGGACUUGAAUGUGUGCUGUGGAGAAGUUCUUGGGUAGUUGCAGUUGCCUGGCUCUGGUUCCUGGGAGUCACUAUGUCUGGAAUCAGAGUACUGUUCAGAAUGACUGUGACGCUUGUUCAGUCUUUUUACAUUGGCUCCAACGGAGGGGUUUCAAGUAACUGGAAGGCUCAAGCUGUCUGUGGCUAGCGUAGCAGGCUGCUGCUACUGGUGGCUUACAUGACAGUAAGCAUAAAGGCAUUUCUUUCAUGCUGACCAUCUUAAUGUCCAAGCUGAAGAAUGGACAAGACUGUAGGGUAAGGUUUAGAGGUAAAGGAUGGGCCUUUUAUUAGGCUAAAAGUUAGCUAGUUAGGAGUGUUCUUGCCACCUUAUGUGAUCUGUUACUGUAUGUUUCUGUACCAUGAGAUGUUCAGCAUGCCAGACACCUGCUCCAGGGAAAUGGCAACUGUGAUGCUCAGUAGAGCCACAGAGGUCUGACUGUCCAGAGCAGCUUAAAGAUUCACAAUGUUAAUUUCUGUAUGAGGAAGGGAAAUACGAGACAAAACUUUCUAGAAUGGAGCUUUUGCCAUACUCUCUUACAUAAAAGGUAUGAGUUAUUUGUGAAAGAGCUUAUGAUUCCACAGCACUGUGAGCUGGGGGGUCACCAGGGAUGUCUGUUUUGAAGCCCUUACUUCAAUAAUGCCACCUGCCUGCAGGUUGUCUGAAGAAAUGACUCAGGACUUGCUUUCAACUACUGGUGCUCUGUGGAGAGGUACAGUUCAUGAGACCUAGGGUAUACAUGUGAAAAUACAGUAUUUUUUAGAAAGCAAUUAUAUAUCCCUUUGAAUUUUGAAUGAAAAGUUGCAGGAUGUUGUUUCUCAGAGCAAUAUUACUUUCAUAAUGCAAAAACAUUGCAUGAUAAGCAGUUUAUUUUUGUACAUUAGGUAACUGCUGUCCUGACCAUUUUUUACACCAUUUCUUGAGCCUUGAUUUCAGCUAUAGAAAUGCAUGAAAUACUGUUUGGAUUAUUUUAUCUGUUACUAGAAGUCUGUAGACUGACUUUCUAUAGACUGCCUAUCUAUAUUUCUAUUGGAACAUACAGUCAUUAUUUUUGCAUUCUUAUAUUCUGCCUUAAAU